AUGACGGGCUCUACAAGCGGUACGGAUGUGGAUGAGGCUAUCCGCAAAGAAGAGCAUCAGGGCCAAGACCCCGAGCUCGCCAACACCGGCGAGAUCAAGCGCGAACCGACACUCGAAGAUGCACCCGACGGGGGCAUCAAGGCGUGGUGUGUGGUGGCUGGCACCUCGUUCAUCUUCUUCAGUGUCCUCGGCUUCUCCAAUUCGUUUGGUGUUUUUUUGGAGUACUACCUCAAGCACCAGCUUGCCCACAAGUCGCCCGACGACAUCGCCUGGAUUGGCUCGCUAGGUGUCUUUCUCCAGCUGUUCCUGGGUGUCAUUUCAGGACCCUUGUUUGAUCGCUUUGGCUCGAUUGUAAGUCGACUUGCUUUUGCACAAGCCUUGUUCAGCGCCUUACCUUGGGUUUCCUUGCAGAUCAUUCGCGCCGCCAUUGUUCUCUAUCUAUUCGCCCUCAUGAUGAUCAGUCUCUGCGAGACAUACUGGCAGUUCAUGCUCGCCCAGGGCGUGCUUCUCGGCAUAUGUCAAGGGUUCCUGACCAUCCCCGGCCUCGCAGCCGCCUCGCAAUACUUUGACAAGAAACGAGCAGCGGCGCUGGGCCUUGCGGUAGCUGGCUCCUCUAUCGGCGGCGUAAUCUUUCCACUCGCGCUGUCCCGGAUGCUCAACAGCUCGUCACUGGGCUUCGGAUGGUCCGUCCGUGUAGUGGGCUUCAUCAACAUGCCCUUGCUCCUCUUCUCCGCCCUCGCCGUCACCCCGCGGGUGCCGCCCCGCAAGUCCACCUUCUUCAUACUCUCCGCGUUCAAGGAUCCGACGUACGUGCUUCUUAUCGCCGGUCUGUUCCUGGGCUUCUUUGGCAUGUUCAUGCCUCUCUUCUACAUGCCCACCUACGCCGUGUCCAAAGGCAUGAACCCUACGCUGGCGUCGUACCUCUUGGCUAUCCUCAACGCCGCCUCGACGUUUGGGCGUGUCAUCCCUGGCGUGCUGGCCGACAAGCUCGGCAAGCUAAACAUGUUUGCGGCGGCGGCUACCUGUACGGGAAUCAUCGCCUUCUGCUUCACAAAGGUGGACACCAACGCCGGAUUGAUCGUCUACUCCGUCAUCAUCGGCUUCACGUCUGGGGGCAUCGUCUCCGGGGCAGCGGCCGCGUUCACUCUGUGUCUGCAGGACCCGCGCCAGCUGGGCACGUACAUGGGCAUGGCGAUGUCUUUAGCGUCGUUCGCUGCGUUGAUCGGCGGCCCCGUCAAUGGUGCUUUCCUCAAGGGUUAUGGCGGCUUCUGGGAGAUGUCGAUUUUCACCGCCAUCAUGUCCAUUGCGGGUGGCUUGGUUACACUCUGUGGAAAGUUCUUCAGGCCUGAGGGAAUCCUGGGCAAAGUUUAA